AUGGUUACUUCUUUCUUGAAUGGAUCCUCGACAUCAUCCAUAGCAAGCAUCCUUGACCUCAUCUACCUGAAUGUCAAAUCCACCUCCUAUUGUGCUGACCUUGACCCGAAGGCUGAUGAAAUGCACAUGCAGGCCAUGAGCAUUGACAAUAUCAGACACGCAAAGCCUGCACUUACCGCAUGGGCUGUGGUACAUGUGGUGAAGCUAGUGCGGGCUGAGUCCAAUAGAAUGAUAGCCCGUGACACAGGCCUACAGGUUCGUGCUCGGGCAGGACCUGAGAACCCCCAACACAUCCAAGCUCCACCUAUCUCCUGGGAAAUAGUUAACCACUUCAGUUACAUUGAUCUCCAGAACCUCACAGAGAACAAUGCACCCAUCUUCUGGCAUAUUCUCUCCUCAUACUCCAAUCCCGACUUCCAACAUGCAAAGCAGGUGGUUAUAUGCCAAAAGCGGCCUCAAAAUAUUGUCGUACUUGACGCAAUCAUGGCACUUACCUUUAAUCGUUCUAAAUAUGCCAGCCUUGUGCCUAUGUCCCGAGGCUUGUAUCUUUUUGCAACACAGGCCCACCGGUCACUUUUUCGCGUUGACAGUCGCCUAGGACGUUCAGUAGUCUAUGACACUGCUACACAGCCAGGAUUUGGCCGCUUUUUCCAUAUUGUGGGAGACAAUGUCCAGACAUUCGCGAGAAAGUGUGACCCCCGAAUAGGCCGCGAGAACCAAAUGAUCAAGGGAUUUGCUGGUGCGGCCAUUGAGCUGGAGAAUGUUGAUCCCAAAGCAUUUGAUUUGGAUACGCUAAUUCAGUGCCAACAGCAACUAGACCAAACGAAAAUCAGCGUGGAUGGGAUCUUAAACGAUAUUGAUGGAGCUCACCUCCGUAAAGUGCAAACAGUGCACUUUCUUCAAGCUCUCAUGGACUUUGUACCUGCCCUGUCGGUAUAUCAGCCACAGAUGCAAGAAAUCUACCAGACCAUUACAAAACACCAGAUAGAUACUACCAGACGGUCUAAUGUCAUUCCCCUGGCUACAAAUAGUGCUGACAAGAUGCAUAUGAGCGGCAUGCAAGAUGCUAUGAAUGAUUUCUUGAAUGUGCAAAUGAAUAUCAAUGAAGAGACACUUAACAAACGGGUCAUCUUGUUUAGUGGAGAUGGAAAAAUGUUCGACCAAUUGGGCCGGCUGAAAAAAUAUUUGGUGAUGCUGCCAGGUGACUUCGAGUCAAUGCGGUGUGUUGUACCACUGUUGGAGUUGUGGCACACCAAAUGGACUGACUUGAGCCGAGUUUUUCGAGCACACUGGGCAACAGAUUUCCCAAAUGAUCCUUCAGGCCUAAAUUGCCUGGCAAGGCUUGCCGCAUGCCCACCUCCAAGUGACCUCAAAAAAGUUGAUUUCUGUAACUUCAAGUGGGAGUUCAGUCCAGAGUUAAAACAUGACAAAACCGGAUAA